GCAUUUGUGGUAUCAGCCCACCUUUGAAAUUUUCGUCACUUGGUUGUUUUAAAUUCAUUUUGUAUUUCCAUUCAGUUUACAUUUGUUUCCAUAGUUGAACACAUUAAUUUAAUAUUUUAAAUUGUUUUGCUGCGACUUAAAUUUCUUGUAAAAACAAGCAAAAAAUGUUCUUAAUUGUGUUGUAAAAUUGGAUUUGAAUUCCAUAGCGCAGACGGUGAUCGUUCAGCGAUCGAACGGAGAAACCCACAUGGCGUCCAUCAUUAGGCUGAAUGGAGAGGAAGAUCUCGACUUCGUGACAGUGCAGUGGACUGAUUCGGAUGGCGACAAGGGCAAGGAUGUGCAGCUGGACCAAAUCAUUGAAUCUGGAAGACUGGAAGACUGCGACUUGCUGCAUCUUCGUCUGCGUGUGCGGCUGAGGCAGAUGCAAAGUCACCUCAAUGUGACCGCUGACACACCCCGCAUGCUUCCGGAAGGAAAUCCCGAUGCGGUACAUCCAUUCGCUUCUUUCCCGGAGAUUGGUGUUGCAUCCGCUCGUGUCGCCGGGACCCAUGAAGGCCAACGGCAUUAUGGUCCGUGUGCGGAAGCUCGUCAUCAACCCAAAGGACCGCUGGCCGAGCGGGAAGUGGACGUGAUCAGAGUGCAGCCGCCAAAUAUGCUGGUGGCGCAUGCGCCGCGCCACCACGUAUACCUGGAGAGCACUUUUUGACGAGGAUUGCUCGAAUGCCAGUGUCGACAACUUCACAGCUCGUCCGCUGAUCCGCCACAUCUUCGAGGGUGGCUGGACCAAGUGCUUCGCUUAUGGGCAGACGGGCAGCGGCAAGACUCACUCCAUGGGGGGAGUGUUCGAGGGAAAGAAUCAGAACAAGACUCUGUUUCAACAGGCAAAAUUGACAAAUAUCAAAGAGCCGACGAGGUGUUCUCCAUUCUGCAGGAGCCAGAUGGUGCCCGACGGGACCUGCACGUCGUCUGCAGUUUCUUCGAAAUCUACAAUAUGUGAAUCCACGACCUGCUUGAGCUCGGCAAGAAGCAGCAGCUCGCAAGGAAGAUUGCCAUUAGCUGGUCCAGGUGAAGGACCGAGGACGCGCCCGCUCCCUGGGCAAGAGUUCAAUAGCAACGCCAAGUCCUCCAGCUCGCAUGCCAUCUUCCAGAUUGUGCUGUGCAGCGGCAACUCCAACCAAGCCUCUGGCAAAUUCUCGCUGAUUGAUCUGCACCCCAGCGAGCGGGCGUCGGAUAACUUCAGUACGGACAGCCAGGCGUGCCAGAAGGCCGCGGAGAUCAUCAAGUUCCUGCUGGUCCUCAAGGAGUGCAUCCGUGCGCUGGAACGCUAGGAGGCUUCCAUACCCUUUUGCGUCUCAUCCAUUGGAAAAAUAAAUUAAAGCCCUGCUCAGAAAAAUAAUUUUGAUUAUCGUAUACUUUAGUGGGAAUUUUAGUCUGAAAUGUUACACGAAAUUUUAAUUUUAACAAAAAAAUGUAGUUUAUGGAAUUACAUGCCCUGGCAGGCUCCUACACGAAGGUCUAGACUCAUACUGAUUCUACGACCAAUAAUGAGGAUAUCAAGUAGCAAAAACACAAUGACUUAAAACUCAAGGCUCACUAGUCUCCAGUAACAAAC